UCACACUAACAAUUCGUCACUGGCGCUUGUAAAGUAAAAUUCCAGUUUUAUUAGUUCUUUAAUGAAAUAGCAUUUAAAUAUGUCAUCAUUGGACGCAGACACCGUGCUGCUGAGCAUUUUGUUCCUCGUAGUCAUCGAGAAUGCGCUAGAGAUCUAUAUAUCGCUGCGCCAGGUGAAAGUGUACCAAACUGCACUGAAGGUACCGGCCGAACUGAAGUCACACAUGGGCGAGGAUACGUUCCAUAAGGCGCGGAAAUAUGGUCUGGACCAGGAGAAAUUCGGCAUCUUCAAAGCUGUUGUUAUGGAUGUGGCCCUGCUUUGCAUGGAGCUGUACAUCGGACUGAUCGCUGUGCUCUGGCAGCUGUCCGUCCAGGUGGUGGAUAAACUGCAAUGGGACUCCAAAAACGAGAUCAUCGUCAGCUGCGUUUUUGUGCUCAUAUCGAAUGUAUUGAGCACUUUCAAGGGACUGCCCUUCAAGAUCUACAAGAUAUUCGUGCUGGAGGAGACGCAUGGCUUUAACAAACAAACAGCGAGAUUCUUCGCCUGGGAUCAGCUCAAAGGCUUCCUAGUCACCCAGGUCCUCAUGAUUCCCAUCACAGCGGCUAUUAUCUUCAUCGUGCAACGCGGCGGCGACAACUUUUUCAUAUGGCUGUGGAUCUUCACAGGCGUUAUCUCGCUGGUUCUACUCACUUUGUAUCCGAUUUUCAUUGCUCCCCUGUUCGACAAGUAUACUCCGCUGGAGAAGGGUGCUCUGAGGCAAUCGAUUGAGGAUCUGGCCGCAUCGCUCAAGUUCCCGCUCACUAAGCUUUUCGUGGUGGAGGGAUCCAAGCGCUCCUCGCACAGCAAUGCCUACUUCUAUGGCCUCUGGAACUCGAAGAGGAUCGUGCUAUUCGACACGCUGCUGCUAAACAAAGGUAAACCGGACGACUCCGAGUUGUCAGAGGAAGAAAAGGGAAAGGGUUGCACCGACGAGGAGGUGCUGGCUGUUUUGGGACACGAGCUGGGACACUGGAAACUGGGACACGUUACCAAGAACAUUAUUAUCAUGCAGGUUCAUCUCUUUCUGAUGUUCCUGGUCUUUGGAAAUGUCUUCAAGUAUCCACCAUUCUACGUGGCCAUGGGAUUCCAACCUGGUACUCGGCCCAUUCUCGUCGGUUUGCUAAUCGUCUUUACCUACGUACUCGCGCCAUACAAUGCCCUCAUGAACUUCGCCAUGACAAUUUUGUCGCGACGAUUCGAGUAUCAGGCUGAUGAGUUCGCUUUCAAGUUGGGAUUCGCUGAGCAGUUGGGUCAGGCCCUCAUAAAACUGAACGUUGACAACCUUGGCUUCCCCGUUUACGAUUGGCUGUACUCGACUUGGAACCACUCACAUCCGACUCUUCUCCAGCGCCUGAAUCGACUCAAGGAGCUCAAGGAAGAGAAGAAACUGAACUAAGACAGCUCACUUCACAUAAGACCAAAGUUUACACUAUUCCCUUUGAUUUAACGUACACAAAAUAAAGUAAGGGGACUUACCCCAACAAGCUAUUUAAGAUUUUGCAAUGUGG